AUGUCCGGAACCGGUGAGAACGGAGCGAUGAACACGAACACGAACACGAACUCGAACCCGACGACUGUCGAAGUACGGCGAACGAUCUCUCCCUACGAUCUCACCGCCGCUGACAACCCUGGUGCUGUCAUCUCUCAUCCUUUGUUGAAGGGGAUGAACUAUGAAGAAUGGGCAUGUGGUCUCAAAACCGCUCUUUGCUCGAGCAAGAAGUUUGGUUUCCUUGAUGGCUCCAUCACUCGUCCGGCGGAGGGUUCUCGAGAUCUUGAAGAUUGGUGGACCAUUCAGGCGUUGUUGGUCUCUUGGAUUCGCAUGACCAUUGAUUCAUCUCUGUGUUCCAACAUUUCACAUCGGAACGUCGCCAAGGAUCUGUGGGAUCAUCUGAAGAAGCGUUUCUCGGUGACUAAUGGACCUCGUGUCCAACAACUGAAGGCUGAGCUUGCUUGUUGCAAGCAACAAGGUCUUGCGAUUGAAGCCUAUUAUGGCAAGUUGAAUCGCAUAUGGGAUAGCAUGGCUAAUCAUCGGCCAUUGCGUCUCUGUAAAUGCGGUAAGUGUGAAUGCAAUCUGAUGGCAUUACAAGAGCAAGACCGUGAGGAAGAUAAAGUCCAUGAGUUUCUUGCGGGUCUUGAUGAUGGUUUCCAAACGGUACGCUCGAGCCUGGUAUCUCGUAUACCAAUACAACCUAUGGAAGAGGUUUACAAUGUGGUUCGCCAAGAGGAAGAUCUUCGUGUCAAUGUCCACAAGGGUGAAGCGGUUGCUGAAGUCUCCGCAUAUGCGGCUCAUCAACGACCUCGUUCUCUCUCCUCUCCCCUACCUAAUGAUGUCGCCAUCGUCUGCAAACACUGUAACCGCAACGGUCAUUCUUCUGACAGCUGUUUUGCGGUGGUUGGAUACCUUGAAUGGUGGGGCGAUCGUCCUCGCAGUCAUCUUGCUCCAGGUAAAGGACGUGGCUCUACUCCAUCUCCUAAACCUCGCAGUGUGAGCUAUGCGAACGUGGUUCAUGUUCCGCCGGUUGCUCCUGAGGAACAUGUGAACUAUGUGAUCACCGAGAAAGAUCGCGAUGGUGUGAGGGGACUCAGUGAUGUCCAGUGGCAAAAUCUGGUGAAGCUUCUGAACGGACGAUCCAAUGGUGGUGCUAGUUCAAGCAGUGAAAAACUCUCCGGUAAGUGCUCUGUUUCUUGGAUAUUAGAUACAGGAGCUUCUCACCACUUAACCGGAAAUUUUGAUAUCCUUGAAAGUGUACGCAAUAUGGAACCAGUUUUAGUAAUCUUGGCUGAUGGUCGCCAACGCAUAGCUUGUCAAGAGGGCACAGUUGUGAUAGGUCCAAAUCUGGUUUUGAAAUCGGUUUUCUUUGUCGAACAUUUACAAUCGGAUCUUAUUUCAGUGGGACAGUUGAUGGAUGAGAACCAUUGUGUUGUUCAAAUGGCUGAUCAGUUUCUUGUAAUUCAGGACCGCGCUUCGAGGACGAUGAUUGGAGCGGGUAAGCGUGAGCGUGGAACUUUCCGCUUUUGCAGAAUGGAGUUUGUUGCCUCAGUCACCACACAGGAGGUUCAAACCUAUGAGUUGUGGCAUCACAUGAUGGGACAUCUGUCUGCUUAA